UUGCCGCGUCCAACAUUUACAUACCGGUAGUUAACCUCCACUUGGAAACUGAGAUUUCAAAAGUUCAGCUCGCCGAUAUUUUAGUUAUGCAGAGGAUACUUAAAAGGAGCGUUACAACUUGUAAUUGAAUGUAAAAUAAGAAAAUGGAAGGGAAAUAUUUGCCUGGUUUUGGUGUACUGGUGCCUCAUCCCCCCAGCAAACCCCCAGAGCCCAAGCCUCCAGCUCUAAGUCACAGGUGCAAACUCCCUCCAAUCAGAAAAUGCUCUGCAAAUGAACAGAAGGGCAUCUACUCAGAUAUCAUCACUACGUUCAAGUUCCAGUCUUUUACAGUGAGACCUCAGAUCCAGCACAGGUCACAGGGCCAAUCCAUCCUCGGGUUCAGUAAUCUCAACACAACAAAAGUUACAACCUUCAAGACUCCGUCUGACCAGUGCAAGCUUGUUGAAAAGGAUAACCAUGGACCUACCUCACAGCAGGCACUUGCUUCUUACUUCUGCCGGGGUGGAGAUACACCUAAGGUCCAGAUGCCCUACCAAACCAUUCCUGACCAGAUCCCCCGCAAGUUAGAGAUAGAGAGACGUCGAAGGGAAUACUUGAAGUUAGACUUUGAACAGCUCCUGGCAGAACAAGGCAUAUACUCUCAUCUCCUAAUGCCAAGACAUCCAAGCAGUAGUGAUGAGCAUGUGAAUACACCAGACAAUCCUGUGUCACCAUACCUCCCCCUGGAGAUAUUUGACAAUGAGGAGUAUGACUGUAGGACUCCAGAAGACUGGCUUGCCCUGGGCAAUGCUGAAGGAUCACCUAAUCGAAAACCUAUUCCUGCAAAAGCCCUGCUGCCUAAAGAUGACAAGAUUACUUCAGAGGACCCAAAAAGCUCCUCCCUGGAGUACAGCUGGCAUUUAGUUGGGGUUCUUGACUUUUGUAAGGAGAAAUGCCAGUACCUGGUACAGAAGGUUCACCAAAACACCAAACUGACAGAUGAAGAAGGAAAUCCUAUUCUAAAUGAAGAAAACAAAAAGAGCAAAUCUCCUGUAGUAAAUGCCAUGCUAGCAGGCACUAAGUACUGGGUACCCAGGGUCAGAUUGUUAUUCAAUGCUGAGGACCCACGUGUCUUUGUGGAACGGAUCAAGUUUGCCCUGCACUGGAGGGAGAACACAGAGGCUCUGCUUCUCUACCACUUGUCUGUGGACUGCAUGCCCAUCUGGAGGGGAACGCCAUCUCUUGAUAUCCACAGUCUCCAACGUAUCGAAAGACAUGCCCUUUCAGCCCCUGGGCUCAGGCUAGAAAUUUUGGAGAAGUGUAUAGGGGACCUGGAGAAUGAGGUCAAACUGGAAUAUGACCGUACUAUGAACCGCAUGAGCUUUGACAAAGUAGUGAUGAGCCACCCAGAGGAGUUUUCACACAUCACCCUGCCACAUAAGGAUCCUGAGUAUGUACUGCAAAAAGUGUACGUUGCAGUUCCUCACCUUGACUAUAAGAAGAACCAAGCCGCUUUUGUCUUCUGUUCCCUGCUAACAAAGCCAGAGGUGAUCUCUGUAUUAACUGAAAUAUGCUCUGAGUGCAACAAAGUAGCAACCAUGAGACUGUUCAAUGUCAGUUCGAUCAAACCACUGCGACUGGAUGAGUUUGAAGUCAGCCAGUCUCAAAUGCAUACUCAGAUAAGUUUGUUUCUUAGGGAGGCAUGGAUGGUCAAUCUGAGCAACUGCAUUCGUUCCAACCUGGGGAACACUGGCCUGGGAUCGUACAAUCUGAACGAGUCUCGCUGGGAGAUGUUCAAGAUUUCCAAGUUGUACAGACUGAUGGCUGUGGUGCACUUCCACCUGCAGGACUCACUGCGCUUCCUCGUGCAGGAUUCGCUGAUCAGCCUGACUCAGCUGGUGUUGGACGCAUGCCACAGUGUGCUGACAUGUCCUCAGGACCUGGUCUGGGGGAACAACCUUAUCACUAGCCCCUACAAGCCAAAGAAAAACCCUCUGUUCCUGGUGGACUUGGUUCUGGAUCCGACUGAGGUUCAUUACAGCACUCCCCUGGAGAAUUUUGAGACAUCUAUCGUUAACCUGUUUGAUAAGGGCAUUCUGGCUACGUACAACGUACCACAGCUUGAUAAGUUUGUGAUGCAGAAGUUGUUUAUUGGUGGUGAUCCAUUGCUCGAGUCAGUAAAUUUGUGGGAACCAGAAGUAACUGAGCUGAGGGAGAAGGUCCGCAAUGCUCUGAUACAAGCAGCCAUACCUCUCAGGGCUUAUGCUGCUGAAUAUGAGAGACACUUAGAGCUACACAACUUGGACAUAGAAACGCUUCUCAAAUCUCAUAUGCAUGCCGAACAGACAUCCCAAGAAGUGAAGAAAAAGGUGGAACAACAUCUCAAAGAGAAGGAAAGGCUUGAACACUCCCUGCCAUCCUCCAUUGUCAUUGGUCCAUUUAUUGUCCGUGUGGAGGCUGUACGUCAGGCUCUCUCUAACAAAAGAAAGGCUUUAGCCAAUGCAUUGCUAGACCAACUCGUUCUGAAGCUACGCAAGCAGGUUGAUGAUGCACAUGAAGAGUGUAACACAAUGAGUAGAAAGCUACGUGAGAAGCCCAACAGCAUUGAGGAACUGACUGAAAAGAGGGACUGGAUGAAGCAAAUCCCAGAACAGCUCAAGAGUUACAAGGAACUUCUUGCCAAGACCCUGUCUGACUAUGAGCUAAUAGAAGAAUUUUGCUACUGUCUUUCAGAUGAGGAUGUGAAUAAAAAGUGGACAGCUAUUGGAUGGCCUCAAAGGAUAAUCAACCAAAUGGAAGCAGUAGCCAUCCAGCAUGUGGAGGAUGAGGAGCGCUUCCAUAAGAUCCAACUGGUCGACCAGAACAACUUUGAGGAUCACCUAGACUCUCUACAGAUGCUGGUUGCUGGGUUUGCGGGCCAUGCAGACAUUGAUCAUGCCCAUGAGGUGGCCAACGAGGUGAGGCGUACAAGCAAGCAACUUAAGGAGUGCCAGACAAUGGCUCAAACCUACAACAUCAGAGAACGUCUGUUUGGGAUUCCUGUCACUAAUUAUGAUCGUCUGCAGAAGCUGGUAAAGGACUUCCAGCCUUUUAAAGACCUAUGGACCACCACCUCUGAUUGGCUACGUUGGCACGAGAGCUGGCUCAAUGACCCACUAUCUUCCAUCGAUCCUGAGCAGCUUGAGCGCAAUGUUACAGAUGCCCACAAGACCAUGCACAAAUGUAUUAAACAGUUCAAGGACACUCCUGAUUGCCAGAUGGUGGCAACUAUAAUCCGCAGCAAGAUUGAGGACUUCCGUCCGAACAUCCCUCUGAUUCAGGGCCUGAGGAACCCGGGGAUGAGGGCACGCCACUGGGAGAUUCUUUCAGAACGCAUUCAGAUGAAAGUCAUGCCCAAAGCCAACCUGACCUUCUCCCGCUGCCUGGAGCUUGGCCUACAGAACUACGUGGAUGAUAUAGCUCAUGUGGCAGAGGUGGCUGGGAAAGAGUACACCAUUGAACAGGCCCUGGAAAAGAUGGAACAAGAGUGGUCGACAGUAGUCUUUGAUGUGUUGCCCUACAAGGAGACAGGCACCUACAUCUUAAAGAGCCCAGAUGAAGUGUCCCAGUUGCUGGAUGACCACAUUGUCAUGACACAGAGCAUGUCCUUCUCUCCCUUCAAAAAAACCUUUGAGGGACGCAUCAACACCUGGGAGAGCAAGCUCAGAAUGACUCAAGAUGUGCUAGAUGAGUGGCUGACGUGCCAGCGCUCCUGGCUCUACUUGGAGCCCAUCUUCAGCUCUGAUGACAUCAACCAGCAACUGCCCGUGGAAGGAAAAAGAUACCAGCAAAUGGAACAAACAUGGAGGAGAAUCAUGAAAAGUGCCUUUAAUAAUCGAAAGGUGAUUGAGCUGUGUCCAGAUGCUCGUCUACUAGACAAACUGAAAGAGUCCAACACACUGUUGGAACAGGUACAGAAGGGUCUCAGUGAGUACUUGGAGACAAAACGAGGCUCCUUCCCCAGGUUUUACUUCCUGUCAGAUGAUGAGCUCCUGGAGAUUCUGUCCCAGACCAAAGAUCCUACUGCUGUACAACCGCACUUGCGCAAAUGUUUUGAGAACAUCGCACGGCUUCAAUUCCAGUCAGAUCUACAGAUCACACAUAUGUACUCUGGAGAAGGGGAGGAGGUAAAGCUGUUCCUGCCUGUGUGGCCUACUGGAAAUGUGGAGGACUGGCUCAGGGAUGUCGAGAAGUCUAUGAAGGCCACAUUGAGGGAUAACAUUGACCGCUCACUCAAAAUCUACCCUGAGAAACCUCGUGUAGAGUGGGUGUUAUCAUGGCCUGGUCAAGUGGUGAUAGCUGGUUGUCAGGUCUUCUGGACUUUUGAGGUGUCUGAUGCCUUGGAGCAGGGAGACUUGACCAAUCGCCUUUAUCCCCAACUACAGACACAGCUGGGUGACUUGGUGCAGCUGGUGAGAGGACGUCUGUCUAAGAUGCAACGAGCCGUGCUGUCUGCCCUUAUCGUCAUAGAGGUCCAUGCUAAGGAUGUUGCGGCCAAGCUGGUUGAGCAGGAGGUCUCAAGCAUCAAUGACUUUGAGUGGAUCAGCCAGCUCAGAUAUUACUGGGCAAAAGAUGACCUGUACAUCCGUGCAGUGAAUGCAGAGUUUUUGUAUGGAUAUGAGUACCUAGGUAACUCCGGACGUCUGGUCAUCACCCCGCUCACUGACAGAUGCUACCUGACCCUAACAGGAGCGCUACACCUGAAGUUUGGAGGGGCUCCUGCAGGUCCCGCAGGGACAGGAAAGACAGAAACCACUAAAGAUCUGGGAAAGGCUCUGGCUAUCCAGACAGUUGUUUUCAACUGCUCUGAUCAGCUGGACUUUAUUGCUAUGGGAAAGUUUCUUAAAGGACUGGCCAGUUCUGGAGCCUGGGCAUGCUUUGAUGAGUUUAAUCGUAUUGAUGUGGAAGUGCUGUCUGUGGUGGCACAGCAGAUCACAACUAUACAAAAGGCCCAGCAGCAAAGGGCAGAGCGGUUUGUGUUUGAGGGGACAGAGAUCCCGCUAGUCCCUUCUUGCGCUGUAUUCAUCACUAUGAAUCCUGGUUACGCUGGACGCACUGAACUGCCUGACAAUCUCAAGGCCCUGUUUCGUCCUGUGGCCAUGAUGGUACCUGACUAUGCAAUGAUAGCUGAGAUCUCCUUGUACUCAUUUGGCUUCAGUGAUGCCAAAGUCCUCUCCAAGAAGAUCACCACCACUUUCAAGCUCUCCUCUGAACAGCUUAGUUCUCAGGAUCAUUAUGAUUUUGGUAUGAGAGCUGUGAAGACUGUGAUAUCAGCUGCUGGAAACCUGAAGAGAGAAAAUCCUGAGAUGAAUGAGGAGCUGAUCUGUCUGCGGGCCAUUCAAGAUGUCAAUGUACCAAAGUUUUUACAGGAUGACCUGAAGCUCUUCAACGGUAUUGUGUCCGAUCUUUUCCCUAAAACAAAACAGGAGCCAAUCAACUAUGGCACACUUGAAGAGUCCAUGCGUAAUGUCUGCACCAAGAAGAACCUCAAAGAUGUGGAUGGGUAUAUUAAUAAGUGUAUUCAGCUGUAUGAGACCACUGUGGUGAGACAUGGCCUGAUGUUGGUGGGACCCUCUGGAUCAGGUAAAACCAAGUGUUAUGAGAUACUAGGUGCAGCAAUAACAGCUCUGAAGGGCCAGCCUUCUGUGAGUGGUGGUGUGUAUGAGGCGGUUCAGACAUAUGUCCUCAACCCCAAGUCUAUCACCAUGGGACAGCUCUACGGGGAGUAUGACUUGCUCACACACGAGUGGACAGAUGGUAUCCUCUCAUCUCUUAUCCGUGGAGGUGUAGCAUCCAUGGACGAAGAGAAAAAGUGGUACAUGUUUGAUGGGCCAGUGGAUGCUGUAUGGAUUGAGAACAUGAACACUGUGCUGGAUGACAACAAAAAACUGUGCCUUAGCUCUGGGGAAAUCAUCAAGCUCACUGAUGUGAUGACCAUGAUGUUUGAGGUUCAAGACUUGGCGGUGGCAUCUCCAGCCACAGUGUCUCGGUGCGGUAUGGUCUACCUGGAGCCCAGUAUUCUGGGCCUCAUCCCUUUUACAGAGUGCUGGCUGAAGCAGGUCCCUGAAGCCCUGAAACCGUACACGGACCAGCUCGACUCCCUGUUUUCCAGGUUCCUGCAGGACUCCAUCACAUUUGUCCGCUCAUCAGUAAAGGAGAUCAUCACAUCCCUGGACAGCAACCUCACCUGUAGUCUGCUUAAACUUAUGGACUGCUUCUUCAGUCCAUUCGACAUUAAAGAGGGUGAGAGGCCACCGCCCCAAAAGAAAUUGGACCGUCUGAAGGAGCUGAUUGAGCCCUGGUUCUUUUUCUCUCUGGUGUGGAGUGUAGGAGCCACAGCAGAUGCAGCCAGCUGUAAGCGCUUCAGUGCCUGGCUCAAGAACAAGAUGGGAGAAGAAAAGAUCCAGUUAUGUUUUCCAGAGGAGGCCCUGGUGUAUGACUACAGGCUUGAUGAUGCAGGGAUUAGUAACUUGGAGGAUGAUGAUGAAGAUGAGGAAAGAAAAGUGCAGUGGGUCAGCUGGAUGAAAUCCGCAGAGAGUGUUGUAAUCACCCCAGAGACAAAUUAUGCUGACAUCAUCGUUCCCACUGCUGAUACAGUGAGAAUGUCAUUCCUCAUGGAUAUGCUUUUGACCAAUAAGAAACCUGUGCUCUGUAUUGGGCCGACUGGCACAGGAAAGACCCUGACCAUGUCAGACAAGCUGCUGAAGAACAUGCCUGUUGAAUACAUCACACACUUCCUCAUGUUCUCUGCCCGCACCUCAGCAAACCAGACUCAAGAUUACAUUGACGGUAAACUAGACAAAAGGCGGAAAGGUGUGUUUGGACCUCCAAUAGGGAAGUACUUCAUCUUCUUCAUUGAUGACCUUAACAUGCCCAUGUUGGAGACCUAUGGUGCUCAGCCUCCUAUUGAACUGCUGAGGCAGUGGAUGGACCAUGGAGGCUGGUAUGACAGGAAACAGAUAGGCACAUUCAAGCAAGUAGUGGACAUCAAUUUUGCCUGUGCCAUGGGACCCCCAGGUGGAGGCCGGAACCCCAUCACCCAGCGCUUCACACGGCACUUCAACUUUCUGUCUUUCACUGAAAUGGAGGAUGCCAGCAAGAAAAAGAUUUUCUCCACUAUUCUGGGCAGUUGGAUGGGACCUGUGCCAGCAAUCCAGCAGCUGAAUGAGUCUCUUGUAGAUGCUACUCUCCGAGUCUACUCUACCAUUUCCUCCCAGCUCCUCCCAACUCCAGCCAAGUCCCAUUACACCUUCAACCUCAGAGACCUGUCCAAAGUCUUCCAGGGCAUCCUCAUGGCAGAGGCUGGAAUGAUAGAGGACAAAUUGCAGCUGCUGCAUCUGUGGUACCACGAAAGCUGCCGGGUUUUCCAGGACCGCCUGGUGUGUGCUGAGGACAGGGACUGGUUUAACAGGCUACUGAAGGACUGUAUUCAGGAGUUUGACUGCAGCUUUGAAGAGGUUGUGCCCUGCCAACCUGUUUUAUAUGGAGAUUUCAUGAUUCCUGGAGCUGACCACAAAAUCUACACACUCAUAGAAGACAAGGAAAAGCUGGGGAAAGUGAUGGAGGAAUACAUGGAAGACUACAACCAGAUCAAUACCACCAAGAUGAAGCUGGUCCUCUUCAUGGAUGCCAUUGAACAUGUGUGCCGUAUCAGCCGCAUCCUGCGCCAGCCCCUGGGCAAUGCCCUGCUGCUUGGAGUGGGUGGGAGCGGACGCCAGUCACUCACUAAGCUGGCCUCAUAUAUGUCAGAAUAUGAGUGUUUCCAGAUUGAGCUGGCUAAGAACUACGGUCAGACAGAGUGGAGAGAAGAUAUUAAAAGCAUCAUGCUGAAGGCUGGCCUUCAGAACCAGCAGAUCACCUUCCUCUUUGUAGACACACAGAUUAAGAGUGAGUCAUUCCUGGAGGAUAUCAACAACAUUUUGAACUCUGGGGAUGUUCCCAACCUGUAUGCAACAGAUGAGCAGGAGCGCAUCCUGACAACCAUGAAGCCAGUGGUGCAAGACCUGGGCCAGCAGCCAACUAAAGCCAACCUUAUGGCUGCCUACAUCAGGAGGGUCCGCAGCAACAUCCACACUGUACUCUGCAUGAGUCCUAUCGGUGAGGUGUUUCGUGCACGGCUGAGGCAGUUUCCCUCACUGGUGACAUGUUGUACCAUAGACUGGUUCAGCGCCUGGCCAGAGGAGGCUCUGCAGGCUGUGGCCACAUCGUUUCUUAAUGAGCUGCCUGAGCUAGAAGCCAGCCCCACAGCCAUGAGGGGACUGACAUUGAUGUGUGUGAAGAUCCACCAGAUGGUAGCCAAGAAGUGUGAACAGUAUCUGGCUGAGCUUUCUAGACACAACUAUGUCACGCCCAAGAGCUACCUGGAACUGCUCAAAAUCUUCUCAGAUCUCACUGGACGCAAGAAGCAAGAACUGUGCGGUGCUCGUCAGCGCAUGAAGACUGGCCUGGACAAGCUCCUUCGCACAGCGGAGGAUGUGAGUAAGAUGCAGGAGGACCUAGAGACAAUGAGACCUCUUUUGGAGGAAGCUGCUAAGGACACUGAAGUCACAAUGGAGACCAUCAAAAAAGACACAGUGGUUGCAGAGGAGACCCGGAAGUCAGUGCAAGCAGAGGAAGCCAAAGCUUCAGAGAAAGCCCGUUUUGCAGGAGCCAUCGCAGCAGACGCUCAGAGAGACUUGGAUGAGGCUCUGCCAGCCCUGGAUGCUGCCCUCGCCAGCCUCAAGUCACUCAACAAGAAUGAUGUCACUGAGGUACGAGGCAUGCAGCGACCUCCCCAUGGGGUGAAGCUGGUUAUUGAGGCGGUGUGCAUUAUGAAGGGCAUCAAACCCAAAAAGGUACCUGGAGAGAAGCCUGGCACCAAGGUUGACGACUACUGGGAACCUGGUAAGGGUCUGCUACAAGACCCUGGCAAGUUUCUGGAGAGCCUUUUCAAGUAUGAUAAGGACAACAUCCCAGAUAACGUGAUCGGUUUAGUGCAGCCCUACAUAGAUAAUGAGGAAUUCCAGCCAGCCUCCAUUGCCAAGGUUUCCAAAGCCUGUACCUCCAUUUGCCAGUGGGUGCGAGCCAUGCAUGUAUAUCACUUUGUGGCCAAGGCUGUGGAACCUAAAAGGCAAGCUCUCCAGGAGGCCCGGGAGGACUUAGCGGUGACCCAGUGCAUCCUGGAUGAUGCCAAUGAAAAGCUAGCAGCGGUGGAGGGCGGCAUUGCCACUUUGCAGGCCAAGUACCAGGACUGUCUGGCUAAGAAAGACGAGCUGGACAACAAGUAUCAACUGUGUGAGACCCGCCUCGUCCGAGCAGACAAGCUCAUAGGGGGACUGGCAGAUGAGAAGGUGCGUUGGAAGGAAACAGUGCAACAUCUGGAUUACAUGGUCAAUAAUGUGGCAGGCGAUGUGCUUCUAGCAGCUGGAUACGUAGCAUACCUGGGACCCUUCACUGGAAAGUACAGGGCAGCCAUGGCAGCGGAGUGGCUGCUGUGUUUCAAAGAGCUAAGUGUUCCACACACUGACGAACCCAACCUGAUCAGCACCCUAGGAGAUCCAGUCAAGAUCCGCUCCUGGCAGAUAUCAGGUUUGCCCAAAGAUAACCUUUCAGUUGAGAAUGGUGUGAUUGCCCAGUACUCUCUACGCUGGGCUUUAUUCAUUGAUCCCCAGGGACAAGCCAACACAUGGAUCAAAAACAUGGAGCGGGACAAUGGAUUGGAGGUUAUGAAGCUAAGUGACCGGGACUUCCUCCGCAGUCUUGAGAAUGCCAUUCGCUUUGGUAAACCUUGCCUCUUGGAGAAUGUAGGAGAGGAGUUAGAUCCUGCUCUAGAACCUGUCUUGUUGCAACAGACAUUUAAGCAGCAAGGCAGCACAAUGCUGAAGCUGGGCGAUUCAGUCAUCCCAUACCAUGAAGGCUUUAAGAUGUAUAUCACCACCAAACUGCCUAACCCACACUACUCUCCAGAGGUCUCCACCAACGUCACACUCAUUAACUUCACCCUGUCGCCCAGUGGUCUAGAGGACCAGUUGCUGGGCCAGGUGGUGGCUGAGGAACGUCCAGACCUGGAGGAGGCUAAGAACCAGCUAAUCAUCAGCAACGCCAAGAUGAAACAGGAGCUAAAAGAAAUUGAGGAUGAGAUCCUAUUCCGACUCAGCUCCACAGAGGGAAACCCUGUGGACAACGAGGAGCUCAUCCAAGUGUUGGAGGCUUCCAAGAUCAAAGCUGGAGAGAUCAAGGCUAAAGUAAUGGCGGCGGAGCAGACAGAGCAGGACAUUGACGCCACCCGUCUUGAGUAUGUGCCGGUGGCUGUGCGCACACAGAUCCUCUUCUUCUGUGUAUCAGACCUGUCCAAUGUUGACCCCAUGUACCAGUACUCACUGGAGUGGUUCCUUGGCAUCUUCAUGGCUGGCAUCGCCAACUCUGAUAGAGCAGACACAGUAGAGAAGAGAAUCGCCAACAUCAAUGAAUUUUUCACCUUCAGCCUGUACAGCAAUGUGUGCCGCAGCUUGUUUGAGAAGCACAAACUCAUGUUUGCUUUCCUCCUGUGCGCUCGCAUCAUGAUGAAUGAGAACAAAAUUGAUAUGGCUGAGUGGCGCUACCUGCUAUCUGGAGGGAUGCCUGUCCAAAAGCUGACCAACCCAGCAGCGAGUUGGCUGUCGAAGCGCGCCUGGCAGGACAUCCUGGGUCUCAGCACUCUGGACAACUUCAGCAACCUGGCAGAGAGCUUCACCGAACAUCUGCAGGGUUUCAAGAGAAUUUUUGACAGCAACCAACCUCACAGGGAGCCUCUCCCAGGAGAGUGGGACACAGAACUGGACUCAUUCCAGAAGCUGUUGGUCCUGCGCUGUCUGAGGGCUGACUCUCUCAUUCAUGGCCUGCAGGACUUUGUCUCAGCUCAGCUGGGACAGCGCUUCAUAGAACCUCAGACGUCAGACCUGUCUGUGGUCUUCAGUGAAUCGUCCCUCUCCAUUCCCCUCAUCUUUGUCCUGUCCCCUGGCACUGACCCUGCUGCUGACCUCUACAAGUUUACUGACGUCAUGCAGUUCUCCAAGAAAAUGAGUGCCAUCUCUCUGGGCCAAGGCCAGGGCCCCUGGGCUGAGAUCAUGAUGCACGCUGCCAUGGAAAGAGGUCAUUGGGUUUUCUUCCAGAACUGUCACCUGGCGCCCAGCUGGAUGCCUGCCCUGGAGAGACUCAUUGAGAACAUCAACCCAGUAAAGGUGCACAAGGACUUCCGUCUGUGGCUCACAAGUCUUCCCAGCAACAGGUUCCCAGUGUCCAUUCUCCAAAAUGGGUCAAAGAUGACCAUUGAACCUCCCAGGGGAAUCAAGGCCAAUCUACAGAAAACCUACCUGAGGCUUACAAAUGAUUUUAUCUCAUCUUCCACCAAGACAUCACACUUGAAGUCUUUGCUCCUGUCUCUGUGUCUCUUCCAUGGAAUUGCUCUGGAGCGAAGGAAGUUUGGCCCGCUGGGCUUUAACAUUCCCUACGAGUUCACCGAUGGAGACCUGAACAUCUGCAUCAGCCAACUCAAAAUGUUCCUGAAUGAGUACCAGGACGUCCCAUACAAGGUGCUAAAAUACACUGCAGGGGAGAUUAAUUAUGGCGGCCGCGUGACAGAUGACUGGGACAGACGAUGUCUGCUUAGUGUGCUGGAGGAUUUCUACUGUCCCGCUGUGCUUAUUGAUGAUUAUGUCUACUCUUCGUCUGGAGUCUACCGGCAGAUAGACACAAAUCUGGAUAUUAAGGGUUACUUGGCAUACAUUCGUGGUUUGCCCAUCAAUGAUACACCUGAGAUCUUUGGUCUCCAUGACAACGCUAACAUCAGCUUUGCCCAGAAUGAGACCUUCGCCCUGCUGGGAGCCGUGGUUCGUCUCCAGCCUCGAGCUGCAUCUGCUGGGGGCAAAACUCUGGAGGAGAUAGUGGAGGUGAUAGUGGCGGGCAUCGUUAAAAAGAUUCCUCAGCCUUUCAGCGUUCAGGAGGUGAUGGAAAAGUACCCGGUCCUCUAUGAAGAGUCCAUGAACACAGUGCUCAUCCAGGAGGUCAUCAGAUAUAACAAGUUGCUGGCGGUCAUCUCUCAGAGUCUCAGUGAUAUUGUGAAGGCUCUGAAGGGUUUAGUGGUGAUGUCAUCAGAACUGGAGCUUAUGGCCAACAGCCUGUUCAACAAUGUGGUGCCUGAUAUGUGGAAAGCCAAGGCCUACCCGUCUCUGAAGCCUCUGGCCUCCUGGGUGUCAGACCUGCUUCAGAGGAUCAGUUUCCUGCAGAGAUGGAUCUCUAAUGGCAUUCCUCCUGUUUUCUGGAUUAGCGGCUUCUUUUUCCCCCAGGCUUUUCUUACCGGAACCCUCCAGAAUUAUGCCCGUCGCUCCGGCACCUCCAUCGACACAAUUGGAUUUGACUUUGAGGUAAUAGUGAAGUCCGUGUCAGCGAUAACAGAGAAACCAAACACAGGCUGCUACAUCCACGGUCUAUUCCUGGAGGGGGCUCGCUGGGAUAACAAGGCUGGUCAACUCACAGAGUCCAGGCCUAAGGAGCUUUACACAGAAAUGGCUGUCAUCCGUCUGAUCCCCAAACCCAAUCGCAAACCUCCAACCUCUGGGGUCUACAUCUGCCCCAUCUACAAGACCCUCACACGUGCUGGGACUUUGUCUACAACCGGUCAUUCCACCAACUAUGUGAUCGCGGUGGAGCUGCCUACAGAUCACAGUCAGAGACACUGGAUCAAACGGGGAGUUGCCCUCAUCUGUGCAUUGGACUACUAAAUAUAGACACACACACACACACACACACACACACACACUUUUCCAUAUACAGGGAAAAAAACACCUGUCUGGAUACUGUAUCUUUGUUUUACAGCCCACAACGAUGAUGAUUGCAGUUAGCGGUUGCUUAGGCAGAAUCAAACACGGACACUUUCUCUAAGCACAUUAUGUCACUAAAAAUGAUUUCAUUGAAAUUCUCCUUUAGUCCUGGUAAUAAACUGUUUUUCACAAUGCA